AGUACAAAGUUUGAUAAAUCAUUACAUGAAAGUCAAAGAAGAGCGCGAGAUUAGAUAUAUGAUAUCAAUCGUUGAAAAGUACAAAGUUUGAUAAAUGAAGUCAAAGAAGAAGAGCGCGAGAUUACAUAUACGAUAUCAAUUGUCGAAGAGUACAAAGUUUAACAGAUUUUUACAUGAAAGUCAAAGAAGAACGCGAGAUAAAAAAAAAGUGCCCUCAACAAGCAGUUUGCAUGGCCUGAAGGCUACACAAAAAGAUGAAGAGUGCAAGAAAAAGAAGAUGCCCUCAACAAGCAGUUUGCAUGGCCUGAAGGCUAAACAAAAAGAUGGAGAGUGCAAGAAAAAGAAGAGUCUGUGUGUGAAGAGAAGGAGGAAAAACUCA